GUCAGUUGCCUCCGUUUUCAGCAGGUUUCUUAGUUUUAAAUUUUAUUGUUGCAAAGAAGGCAUUGAGUAAUGUAGAUGCAGAUAGAAGACAGUUGAACUGCGCAGAGAGAGUUGAGCUCAGUCGAAGCUGGAGCAAGGAGAGAGGGCAGAAAGCGGAGCGAUCACCGUCGCUUUUUAUUAUGCCCACUUUCACCACUAAUUACCCACUGAACCGACCGGAUCCAUGGUAAAGAGAAAGAAGACUUCGUCCACCACGGAAGAGUGCGAAAAUGGCAUGACACCGGGAUCCAGGGAGGGGAUCGGUGUCGAUGGGGGGAGGAAUUCGUCCAGAAAGGCCGACGGUUGCGACGAAGAGGAGAGCGGAGAGCAGGCGACGGAGGAGCACAGUACAAAGGGAGACGACGGAGUGGAAAUUCUUAAUCCAUCAGCCACAGCUCUCAGUCCGGUUUCAGCUCCACUCUUGUCCGCUUCUCCGCCGAACCAAACCGGGCUGAGCUCGACCCACACAGCCCCGGAGUCCACACCUCAGUGCCAUGACCAGCAUCAUUUUCUCCGGUCGAGCGUUCGUCCUCCGAGCAAACGCAUCCGGAAGGAUUCAAUCGGAUCAGCCAUCAAUGGACAUGGCGGGGCAAAAUCGAAAGGUACCGAGAAUGGAUCUUCAUCUCAUGGGACAGUGGGGCAGUCAGGGCCCCUGGCAGGCUCCACGGGGGGAGUAUCCAAGUCAUCUAGGGGCCAAGGGGCUACUGAGAAAGAGGAGCAGGCUGGUAAUCAGAAACGAGCCCGUCGACAAUGGGAGUCUUGGAGUGCAGAAGACAAAAACAGCUUCUUUGAAGGUCUCUAUGAGCAUGGGAAGGAUUUUGAAGCUAUACAGAACAACAUAGCAAUGAAGUACAAGAAAAGAGGCAAGCCAGCAAACAUGGUUAAGAACAAGGAGCAAGUCCGACACUUUUACUACCGCACCUGGCACAAGAUCUCCAAACACAUUGACUUCGCCAACGUCUACUCUCGAGUGCUAAAGAAAUCCUCUCAAGAACUCUAUGGUCUUAUCUGCUAUGCAGAGCUACGCAAAAAAAUUGGAGGAUUAAUGGAUGACAAAAAUGUGGCGAAGCUAAAUGAACUAAUCCAGCAAGGGGCCACCACUGUACGCUCUAAAGGAAGGAACUUGAGAAUCAAAGCGCCUAUGUGCCGUGCACUGAAGAAACUUUGUGACCCAGACGGAGUGAGUGAUGAAGAGGACCAGAAGCCUGUACGCCUACCCCUGAAGGUGGCAGUGGAACUCCAACCACGCAGUAAUCACUCCUGGAUUCGUGUCCAGAGUCUCGCCCACAAUCCCCGCCUCAGGAUGGUGGUGGAGCUGCACAGAAAAGUUUCCAGCCUGAUCGAUUAUCUGAAGCAGAAGUGGGCCUAUCAGGAUCAGCGCAUUCUUAAGAGUCUGAUGGAGCGAGAGGCGUUGGAGGGCAGCCAGUUCAGCACCACCUCGCCAAGCAAAUCCCAACCAGAUGAACUCUUUCUCUUCCCUGCUGAGAGCAGCGUGUUGACUAUGCUGCCCGGUGUGGCACGUGUGGUUCACUCCAAGGCCUCUUGCACUGUACACUGGCUAGAGAGUGGCAAGACCCGGCCGAAUGCCAAGGAACUGCCAGCUGCUCAGAUCCUGGGCAUCCACACAGGUGCACAAGCACGGAGUGGCACCAAAUCUGGACGCGGAGGGUCUACUACUCCUGCUGGUUGUAGUGGUGGGACCGGUGCUUCGGUGACUGUAUUAGGUGAGGUGCGUCAAAGUGAGCACCUUAUCCUUGAAACCUCACCUGAGAGUUCUGUAAAAUCAGAGGAGAAAAGACUCCUGUCAGUUCCUGUUGCCCCCUCCUCUGUGCAUGCUUUGGCACCUAGAGAAGAGGGACCUGGCCUUGGACUCUCUGAUGAAGGUGACACUUGUAUUCAUGCUGAGCCCAGUCUUGGACUAUCUGGGGUUAAAAGCACAGAAAGGUUAUGUAGCAGUGUAGAAAACACAUCAGUUGAGGAGUGCAAACAGGAGCAGAACGCAGUCCCCUCACCAGACACCAACCAGACUCCUCCAUCCAAACCUCUGAUGACUCUCUCAGAGGAUGGAGUUUUGCAGAGCUCCAUGUCUUUGACCAAAGAGCGGACUGUUGAGCACAUCAGAGAAGAAGGCUGGAGUGCCCGUGAGGGGGAGAACGUCACUCUGGCUGAGCUUUACCUGAUGUCUGGAAAGCCUGAGAAGCUGCAGCUGGAAUACGAGUGGCAGCCUGUGGCAGCUCCAUCAAACCACCAGGAAAACGGACAAGCUUCAGCUGAAGCCAAGCCCCACAGGACGCACCCUGUUUUGCGCUGCCUGCUUAAGCUGGUUACGACUGAAGUCAAUCCUAAACCUUUGACACCUGAGCUGUGCUCCACGGCAACAUCACCACUUAAGAACAAUCAGGAGGAGCAGAACAUGGCUGUCACACCUCCUGGAAAAGGACUUAUCCCAGGGGUUCGCAGCCCCAGCUUUGGUCGGCAGCAGGCGUCCGUCCGCGGAGCCAGGUCAAACCUGGGCAACACUGGAGCCUCGGGAGGCCGUAACCUUCCUCGGUCACUGUUGGGGUCGGCUGUAGCCAGUGACACAGAGGGUGGUGUGUUUGCAGUCCCUACCACGCUGCCCCCCAACAGUCUACGGCACAACAGAAUGUUCUCCCCUAACAAAGAUGCUGAACUGGCCUUAAGGCAGCAGCUGGACUCUAUCAGCAUGCAGUCAGAUCUCUUCAGACAGAGAAAACCUCGGAACAGGCAACUUCGCAAACCUCUUGUAGUUCAGCGGACUCUACUGCCCCGAACUACAGGAGACACAUCCCACGUCUGCUCCUUCUCCAUCCUCUCCAACUCCUCUGUCACAGGAACUGGAUCAUUCCGACCGAUCCACACUCGACUGCCUCCUUCUGCCCGUCCCCUCAUGUCCAAAGUUUCCACUGCAGCAACCGGGUCUGCAGCAGCCAGCCAGCUCUCCAGUGCCAUUGACCUGGCAGCCAAGUCUGCCGGCAUCAUUCCUGGCAGCCCCUGUCCAAGUCUUGAUCCUUCUACUACGGAAAACAGCGAUCCACUCAACACCUCACCUUCUCCUGAUGUCGAACCAGACUCUACACUACUCCAGCAAAAUGUCCCGCAGAAUGGUUUGCCUCCACCGUCUCCUGGAGCAUCAGGAGGUGGAGACUCACUCCUGUCUCCACCUAGUGUAGCCUCACUCCUGGACAUCUCUUUACCUGGUCCCCCUGAGGAGCCGCUGACCCCUGGAGAACCUCAGACACACAUCAGUGAUUCCAUCAUCGAGCUCGCCAUUAACUCUGCCCACUACGGUGAGGAAGCAGCUCUGUCUCCAGCCAAACUGAGCAACAAUGACAGCACCAAACUGUUGGCCUCGUCCCCCUCCGUCAGCCCGUCCCGAGGAUGGAUCCCAUCACCCAGCCACGACCCCCAGUGGUAUCCCAGUGACUCCUCUGACUCCACUCUCGGAUGCCUUCUGUCCAGCAUGGUGUCUCCUGAUAAGGGGAGGAGGACCAGCCUGACCCCCUCUGGCCCCUCGAGUGGUACAGCUUUGCUCGGUCCUAGCCUCCUGGACUGCAACUCCCAUGACUCCUUUCAGUCCAGGGGCCUGCCUGAUGUGAUGGACUCUCAGCUUGCUUGUAUGAUGAGUGAGAGCAGUGUGGACUACAUUGCUCGCUUUAACGACCUGGCCCAGGAGCUGGCUGUGACCGAGCCCUCAAUUACGCCACCAUGAGGUAAACGAGAAACAAUUCCCCUGGAAGAUGCUCAGUAGCUAGAAAGACCAGGACCGGCAGCUCGCUGUAGCAUCACUUCUUAUGACAGGACAGUUGUGGAGACAAACCAUCCCUAAAAGCCAUCCCUGCUCUGUUUGUUUAAGUGCAAUAAUAAUUAUAAUAAUAAUGAUGACGAUAAUGAAGAGGAGGAACUUUUACCUUUGUAUAAAGAGUUUAAAUGCAUUGGUGUCACCAAAUUUUUCUUUAAGGUGAAAUGCCCUUUAAAAACAAACACUUUAGGAAAAAAAAGUGCAAAACACAACCUCAUGUACAGCAAAACACACACAAUGCCAUAUCUGAACAAAAAUGUUUUUCCUGUGUGCACAUGCGCUCAUGAGUGGGUUUGUGUGUCUGCCCUCUUUCUCUCAGCUUGAUGCCCAAAAAUGUGUAAAUCCCCCCAAAAUGUGCAGUUUAGCUACCAGUUGGUAGCAAACAGCUGCUAGGUAAGGACUAGGACUGAGUGCUGACUACAAGCUUUUUUUAAACAGAAAUCCCUUUGUCACUGACUUAUGUGGAGUGCAACACCAUACACAAUAAGAAGUGCAGAGUUUUUCAAAAUCCUCUGCUUCUAUUUUCUGUCUUUUGUACUUUUUACCCCAGUCAAUUCGGGUAUUUAGCAGUUAAGUUGCCACAAUAUUCCGUCCAGGAUCUGGGUUUGUGAUUGUAUUACAGCCACAUGCGAAACAGCAGCUUGUUUGGUGACUACAUGUGAUGGUGUGCAGCUGCAGGUUUGGAUAUUUGUGCCGAAGAUUAGAGUCCAUCACUUGACUGAACUGAAACUGCACAUAGGUUGGUUUCUUGUUGUGAUUACACUGUUUUACAAAACGGCUGAAGUGAUUAGUUGCUAAGUGAAGCUAAAGAAGCACGAGGGAAGUAGUUCCAAUGGAGGAGCUGUAUAUUGUGAAAACAGUCAUGGCGACUGACUCCAGUUGUGCUUUAAUGUCCAUUGACCUCCUAAUAGGGUCGUAAUUUACAAAGUUGGCCUCAUGCUUUUAAGACUUAAAAGUAGAAAUUGAGGCCAUUCAAUUGCCAUGCACAUGUUUAUUAUAGUUUUAAAUGUGCAUCUGUAGCUGCUUCCAGUUUACAUGCAGUAUUUGGUUUGAGCUUGGAUGUUUUUGGUUUAUUCUUUUUUUUUUUUUCUCUCCCCCAUAAUGUGAUCAACAAUGUUUUCAGUUUAAUUAUUUUAAAUCCAGUUUAUUUUGAACAGAAAUUAUGGGAAUACCUCCAGUUACUGUUAACAUUACACUCCAGUUAAACUCCACAAGUGCAGGCAGCAAGAGCUGCAUCAUAGAAUCCAACACUAAGCCAUAGCCGACACUCCACCAAGGUGUGUUUACAGUCCAAACCUUUAAACGGCCCAUAUGUGCAGGAUAUGUUAGGGUCAUGCUGGCCAGUUAUGGAUGCUGAGAUCAGUUAAGUGAUGCUGAACACUGGCUAACAGUCAACACAAGUGGCAUCCCAAAAAUUUCAUCUAACCUCAGUCUGCAAUCACACAGAUUUACUCCACACAUAGAGACACCACAUCAGGUUCUAUGGAUUUCAAUGUAACCAGCAUCAUUUACAUGCAGUAUUGUAAACAUGUUGCCUCAUUAACACCUUCAUCUCUAAGCGUAGGCAUCAGAGACGUUGACUCUGAUGUUCUUCUUCUCACACUAAUAACAUUUUAACACUGAGAAGGAUUCUACAUGAGGGAUAAACAGCAGGUUUUGUCUUUGAAAAAGUUAUUAUGUUUUUGUUCUGAUUUUAAGAGUUUAUUUGUACAAAUGGCAAUUCCAGUAUUCACUGCGCUUUUGUAUGAUGAUGUAAAUUUAUUUGGACUAUUUAUUGGUAAUGUUUCUGAAAAUGUUUUGUUUAACUUAAUAAGAUGACAUCUUUAAAAAAAAGGAAAAACCUGUUGUUUAAAAUGUUGAGUUUGUAAAAGAUGCUUUUACUCUCUGUAUAAAGAUAGAUAUAAAA